UCUGAAAUUUCAGAAACCUGUUAUGAUCAUUUCUGUUAAGGUGUGAUAUCUCACACAUCUGUUCGGACUUUGCGUGUUCGUGUGUAAUACCUCACCUGUUCCUACUGUACUUGUUCAAGUGUGAUAUUUUCGAACUAUACCUGUUGACGUAUAUCUCACACAUAGUUGUUUGUACUAAACUCUUUAACUCAUGUUCGUACUAUAUUUGUCCACGUGUGAUAUCUCACUAACUGUUCCUUUUUUUCAGAUAUAGAUUCAAGAGUUAUGUUUGAAACAUAAACGGUUUCUUUCUCAACCAAGAUUUAAGACUUGAGCGUAUAUUUAAGUUUUCUCUUCAAAGUAAUAAAUGGUGAUUACAUUUUAACUAAAUCUUUUAUGAGUAUAAUUCUCAUAACGUUUGUAAUUUACAUCUUUUGUUUAGUAUUAUAUUAAACUCUCUUUACAUCUCAUUACAUCAAGUCAUAUGUUAGAACAUUGGAAAUCUCUUCAAGAGCUGUGUAAUGCAAAAGUUUAAAGAUUAUUAUUGCACCCAGCUAUCGUGUCAGAACAUUUGUGUAGGAAAUAUGCUUCCUCUAGAGAUGUUGAGGGCAUAAUACAUUAUAACAUAUUAUUUUUAAGAUAAUAGUAUCCAUAUAGUCACAAUUCAGUCUAAUCUUCCUGGGCUUGUAAUUAAAGAUGCAUUUAUUUAGUGUCGGAAAAUGCUUUUCCACUGCAACAGCAUGACGAUAUCAUAGAAUUCUACUCAAUGUUUUCCAGUGUAAAUUUAAUCAAGAUAGAAUUGGGGUUGAAUAAAAUUUUCCUGAAAUGUGAAGAAAAUAAAAAAACUCACUUGUGGGAUUACGUAUAGUCUUUUUCGUGUAUCCAUAGUGUUAAAACGUUCAUAAUCGUUAAUGUAAUGUUGUGUAAACAUUUUGGUUUCCGUUCAUCCUGUAAACCUGUUUUCUGUGAGCGUGUUAUGAAUCCAAAAGAAACAGUAAUUCAAUUAAUGCAGCUAAAACCAUAGGAAUAUAAAAACAAUUUUAAUAACUUCCAUAAACAAUGUGUAAUAAGAUACAUUAUCAAAGAGUAAUAAUGUAAAUGAAGGCGUAAUAAUACACACGAAGAAGGUGUAAUAACGGACACGAACAAAAUAUGAUAGUAUACAUAAAGAUAAAAGAUUGUACGUGAAUGUUUAACAAUGGGCAUGAACAAAUCUCAUGUGUUUUCUUGUAGCAAAGCCACAUCGGGCUAUCUGCUGCGUCCACCGAGGGGAAUCGAACCCCUGAUUUGAGCGUUGUAAAUCCGAAGACUUACCGCUGUCCCACCGGGGGACACAAACUGUCAUACUGGACACAAGCAAAAUGAAUAAACAACGUGUGCUAAUGCUUGAAGAAAACAGGUGCCAGUAAGUUACGAAAACAAUCAAGCCAUACCUCUAGCUACUGAGAUCAAUCAUUCCUGAAUACUUAAACACGCCGUCAGUUGUAUGCAUAACCUCAUUUGUGAUAACAAUGACUCAACAUCUUAGCGUAAAGGUUCUGAAUAAGAUCAACAAUAUCCAAUCGGUGGUUUGCAGGUAAAUUCAACAUUGAGUCAAAAUGCCACAAAAUAGCCAAGUCUCUGAUGUCAGCCAAGGGACGGAUUCUUCGGUUGGUCGAUGUUCGUUCAAACGAGUGAAUAUCGGUUCCAAUAUUCUUAUUAUCGUCGGCUUGACCUUGACCUUGAUUGGUAUAGCAAUAACGCUAGCAGGAGUUUUUGCCGAGUUUGAACACACCGAAACUAGGCCAAUAGUUUUGGGAAUUGGACCGUCGCUUAUUGGCAUAGGAAUCUUCUUUCUCAUUCUUAGACUAUUGUUUUGGCGUCCAAGUUUCUGCAACUGCUGUAAAAAAACAAAACGAACGUUUUCCUCGGAGAAUGUAACGAGUGCUAUUACUAAAGACAGAAGCGCCACCAUGAGGACAACUGUCAAGGAAGAGGCUACCACAGUUGGAGCAACACCGUCUGGAAAUGCAGAUAUAAAAGUGAAACCAGCCUUACAUUCACCCAAUAAAACUGGAACGUCUGGAAAAGCUAAAACAGAAGCAAAUGAUGUGAAAGAUCCAAAAAAUCAUGAAGCACGUGAAAUUAACGAUAGUGAACAAUCCUCUAAAGAAAAUUCUCAAACUACUGCUGAUGUCAAAUUUUGUCAAGUUGAGAGUAUUAAUUCUACACAGGGAGUAGAAAACGAAAACCAACCUAAGACUACAAGAUCCAGUUCAAUGGAUUUUGUAGCAGGUUUCAACAGCACUAUAUUUGAGUUGGGAUUCAAAUGAUUAGCAUAAUUUUAUUUUGCUGUGUUGUAUUGAUCAAUAACCUUAAAUUAUAAUAUUUGCUUAUUGCGAGUAUUUUGAGACUUAAUGUAAUGCACUAUGGGUAAAAGUGUUUUACCUUCAACAAUACCACUUGGUGUUUGUUUUUGAAUAACUGAUCAUAAUAGUAUCUUUUAAUUUGAACUAGCGUAAUGGGAUAGUAUUAUCUGUUUAUGUGGCUUUUGGAAUGGUGAUUUCAAAAUAUCUAUCGUCUUUUGGAUUUAUUAUUCUAAUAUAAUGUGAGAAAAACUAUCAUCAUGGAAAAGUAUUAUUGUAGAUAUAUUUCUCACCUUUAAUAACUGUGAAUACAUGUCUUUAUGCUUCUCGUCAAUAAAAUUUUGCCUA